AUGGUGGAGCCGCUCCUGGGUAGGGUUAACUUUUGGUUUCAGUUUCUCAAGAUGGUGAAGAAAGAAUUGUCGUGGGCUGAAUUCUCGAGGAGAUUCAUAAGGGAUUUCGUCAAGAGUGGAUAUAAAGAUGAGAAAAUCCAAGAAACCCUUGCCGAUGAAGGUGAGGAAACUUCGACAAAGUGUUUGAAAACAAACUUGGAAAUGACCCUUGUGAAGAAGUUGAUCAAGACAGGAUUG